AGUAGUACAAUCUCACCUCUCCCUCUCUCGUUCUCUUUCCCCCGGCAGAUUUCUCUCCUAUCGAAUUCCAACCUGAUUCCGAAUAGAAUAACUAGCCGCUAAUUAGUAUACGAGCAUGCCAAGGAGUGCCUGCAGGCGGGGGGAGGAGGAUUUCUUGGCUGGGGCUGGGCGCGUAAUCGAGCUCUCAACCGAGAGGAAGCCGGCGGACGGCGGUGACCACCGCUUCGCGCACAGCCCACAGCCGCUGCCUCGCACUCAAGACACGGGCAAGGGCGGGACCGGCAGGGAAUGUAGCAGCAGAUCCUCUAGCUGACCAGCACCGGCGCAGGAGACACAGAUCCGCCACUGAGGUGCUCACCAGGUACCAGUCGCGCUGCCCGUGGCCUGGAGAGGUUUUUCAUUUUCCGCGUAAGCAGCUCCGGCGGAGCGAGCGAACCGGAGCAGCGCCGCCGUUGCGGAGGGAGCGGCCGUGCCAAGAAUGAGGGGGCUGACGCGCGCGGCGAAGCGCGCCGGAGAGAUGGCCUUCAACGCCGGCGGAGGCGCCGUCAACUGGUUCCCGGGCCACAGGGCCGCCGCCUCCCGCGCCAUCCGAGACCGCCUCAAGCUUUGCCGACCCCUCGUCAUCGAGGUCCGCGACGCACGCAUUCCAUUAUCCUCAGCAAAUGAAGACCUUCAACCAGUGCUUGCAGCUAAAAGGCGUAUUCUUGCUCUAAACAAGAAGGAUCUAGCAAACCCCAAUAUACUGAAUAUGGUGCACAGUUCGAGGGUCCGCAAGAGCAAGGCUGUGAAGACGUUCCUGAGCAGCAGCAGUACUUUGACGAAGGUACAAUCGGCCAUUAAUGAAGGACGAUUGGUUUUGCCUAAGAUGCAAGUUGAUAAGGCACCACUCCCUAUUCAUACCAUUGAUCUGAGCAACGCCAAGGUACUCAUUCGGCUAGAACAAGCCGAAUGGGCCAAAGGGAAGAAUGUGAUCAUUGGUGAAGCAAGGCUGAAAAAUUCAGAAGAUAAGAUUCUGGCAAGGGAAGUCGUGCUAGAGAAGACUCCUGAUGGGAAGGAGUUACAGAAAAUUACUGUCAAAGCUUCUAAACUCGGGGGGCAAGCCAGUUCCUCACGAGCUUCGAGUCGGCCUGUUGCCCAGGCGCGACCGGUCAGACCGGUCCUUCCAACCGGUCAGGCCCAGGGCCGACCCAAGAUGAUCAAGCCCAGGCGCCCGGAAGUUGGCACUUGGAAGGUGAAUGAGUCUAAGGUGCAGGGGAAGUUUGCAAAGCAUAAACCCACCUUUCAUCAGCUUCUGAACAAAUACAUGAAACAAAAGGCCGUUCCGAAAGAUCGGCCAUUAAAAAAGAGACCAUGGUCACCUCCGCAUCAAAAUAGGCCAUCAUCUCCUCAGGGAGAAUCCAGCAAGCGCAGGGGUGAUGUUACUACUCCGUUUCCUCUGCAGAAGGUAUAUGCUACAAUGCCUUGGGCACCUCCGCCAUCGUGUUCUUCUUGCCCAACAUGGGAGCAUGGAGGAAUUUGAAUGCAAUAUUAUCUGAUGCCACAUCUGCCAUUUCACCAUAGUGAGGAAGAUCAAAGGAGACCGGUGUUCGACAGGUUGCCGCGGCCAGUUCACGACCGAUUGGGUUCUCAGCAAUCAUGUUAGAGGCAGAAGCCUACACCAGUCUGACCGGUUGCUGACCGGUCAUACCCAGGGCCGGGUCAUUCUUCUUCUCUCAGACAAGAAUACCGCGUUAAGCAGAAGAAGGAAGAGGUACAACCCAUGCAGGUUGAUACAGGGAAGACCACAACUAAUGACGUCAUGCAGAUUGGUGAUGUGAAUGUGGACGUCAAAGACGUAGCUAAGGGACCGAUUGUUGUUGGCAAUCAGGUCAAUUCUUCUGUCCCGAAAUCUGUUAUGGGUAAUGAUCAUGGGGCCAGCAGCAGCAGUUCAACGGAGAGGUACUUUCAACCAAGGUGGUGUCCUCUGGGGUUUACUCAUACUCAGAAGAGGAAGCUGCAGCGCUUGCGGUUCCAGGAGAAGCGGGAACAGAAACUCGAGAAGCAGAGGGAUGAGCAAUUCAACAAGUAUAGACCUAUUGUCCCUCAAGGCAAGGCGUGGAAGGUCAAGGCCACUGGUCAACCAGCAGGACCGGGCAAGCCGCCCCAGUCGACCGGUCAGAUGACCGGUCAGAUGAUGGGUCAGACCGGUUACUCUUGAAGCAGUGCAGACAGCUGGGGGCGUGUGUCCGUUCUUUUCAUUCCAAUGUAGAUGCUGCUGCUGCUGCUGCUGCCUCAAGAUGCUCAAUCAGGCAUCUUCAUGAUGUAAUCUCGAAAUUGAAUGAGGAGAAGAGGAGGCUGGUUUCCGAAAUUGGUUUUAAUGGAAUUGGAUUUAUUUCGAGAAACUAUAAAUUCCCUGCAAAUCAGAUAUGUUGUGCAUCUGGCUUUGUGAAGUGCCUGCUGUGCACCAUGCUUCUACAAAGGGUGGAAAAUCCUGUUGAAUGGCACCAUGUACUGAAAGCUGACGACUCAAGUCAUAUAUACCCUUUUCACUAAAAAUUGGGAUACUCAGUACCUUUCCUGUGUCAGAUUUGUUUGUUGUACAACUUCAGCUUUAACAGUAAUAAUUUCCUGACUUUCAUAGGUUUAUUUAUGGUUUUGAAUAUUAUUGCUUGCUACGAAUGAUGUAAUUGGUCCUUUGUAUU